AUGGCCAAGACUUUCCAAUUCCAGGACAUUCAAGUCAACUCGCCAGGCUUCGGCGCCAUGGGCCUGAGUUUCGGCCUGGGAAGCAAUUUGAGCUUGGAAGAAGCUGAACCCGUUCUUCUUAAGGCAAUUGAGCUCGGAUGCACAUUCUGGGAUACAGCAGUCGUUUACCAGGCUGGUGUUAACGAGAAGCUUCUCGGCGACUUCAUCAGAAAGCACAACGUGCGGGACAAGGUGUUCAUCGCUUCCAAGUGUGGAUUUGACGUUUUUGGCUCCGGCGGUAUCACCAACUCUGCUUCUCACAUCAAGGAGUACAUCGAGGGCACUAUUGAGAGACUUGGUUUCACUCCUGACCUCUAUUACCUUCAUCGCAUUGAUCCCAACACGCCCCUCGAGGAGUCAAUCACAGCGCUCGAUGAGAUCCGCAAGGCCGGCAAGACGAAGUACAUCGGUCUUUCUGAGUGCUCAGCUGCCACUCUUCGCAAGGCCAACUCAAUUGCCAAGAUCGAUGCUCUUCAAGCCGAGUACUCAGCUUUCGAGACCAUCCACGAGACUGACGGUUUGAUUGAAGCUGCAAAGGAACUCGGAGUUGCCUACGUGGCUUACAGCCCCCUGGGUCACGGAUGGCUCGUUGAUGACUUCCAGUACAAGAGCCCAGACGACUUUGCACCCAACGAUUUCCGUCGUGGAAGUCCCAAGUUCCAGGGCGAGAACUUCUACAAGAACAAGGCUAUUGUUGAUGAGAUCAAGAAGCUUGCUGUGCGCAAGGGAGUCACGCUACCUCAGAUUGCCCUUGCCUGGGUUGCCGCUCAGGGAAUGAUUCCUAUCCCUGGCACAACAAAGGCCAAGAGAUUAGAAGAGAACUGGGUAUCAAGAGACGUUAUUUUCUCCGACGAGGAGAGGGUGGAGAUGCGGAAGAUUAUCGAUGCGGCCAAGCCCCACGGAAACAGAUACAACCCAACCCAGCAGGCUAUGGUUGGACACUAA